AUGGCGGCCAGCAGGUGCAGCACCGGCGGCGGCAGCCAUGGUGGGCAACUCCUUUGGCUGCUGCUCGCGUGCUCGUGGGUGGCAGCGACGAGAGGCCAGCAAACAGCACGAACUGAUCCAGCCGAAGUGGUGGCACUGAACACGAUCCUGGGGCGAUGGGGGCUGAAGGCGUCGCCGGCGUGGAACAUCAGCGGCGAGCCCUGCAGCGGGGUCGCCGUCGACACCACCGACGUCGACAACAACCCCAACAUCAACCCGGCCAUCAAGUGCGACUGCACCUACAACAACGCCACCGUUUGCCACAUCACCAAACUGAAAGUGUAUGCCUUGAAUGUUGUCGGUCAGAUACCAGCCGAGCUGCAGAACCUCACCUAUCUCAAUAACCUGAACCUGAUGCAGAAUUAUUUGAUCGGUCCCGUCCCAUCAUUCAUUGGGAAAUUUCCCAUGCAGUACUUAUCUCUAGCUAUCAAUCCGCUAUCUGGAACACUUCCAAAGGAGCUUGGGAACCUUACCAAUCUUAUCUCAUUGGGCAUUAGUUUGAACAAUUUUACUGGUGAACUUCCUUCUGAACUGGGCAACUUGACCAAACUGGAGCAAAUAUACAUUGACAGCUCUGGCUUCAGCGGUCCAUUCCCUUCGACAUUCUCAAAGCUUAAGAACUUGAGGAUCCUCUGGGCAUCGGACAAUGAUUUCACAGGAAAAAUACCUGAUUUCAUCGGGAGCCUGACUCAUUUGGAAGUUCUGAGGUUCCAAGGAAAUUCUUUUGAAGGCCCAAUCCCAAAAAGUAUAUCCAAUCUAACCAAAUUGACGGACUUACGGAUUGGUGAUAUUGUAAAUGGGAGCUCUUCAUUGUCCUUUAUCAGUAACUUGACAUCUUUGAAUGUCCUGAUAUUGAGGAACUGCAGGAUAUCUGAUACUCUUGCAACAGCAAAUUUUUCUAAUCUAGCGGGAUUGACCUUAUUGGACUUGAGCUUUAACAAUCUCACAGGCCAAAUUCCACAAUCCAUACUGAAUUUGGACAAGCUUGGAUUCUUGUUUCUCGGAAACAAUAGCCUUUCUGGAAGCCUGCCUGAUGUUAAAAGCCCUUCACUAAACAAUUUAGAUUUUUCUUACAACCAGCUCUCCGGUAGCUUCCCUUCUUGGGCUAUCCAGAAUAAUUUGCAAUUGAAUUUGGUGGCAAACAACUUCAUUCUUGGUAGCAGCAACAACAGCAUUCUACCUUCAGGCCUAAACUGUCUCCAGCAAGAUAUUCCUUGUUUCCGUGGUUCUCCUGAAUAUUCCUCCUUUGCGGUAGACUGUGGAAGUAACAGAUCUAUGAGGGGCUCAGAUAAUACUUUUUAUGAAAUCGAUCCUACAAAUAUUGGAGCUGCAUCAUAUUAUGUUACUGGUCAAACAAGAUGGGGUGUUAGCAAUGUAGGAAAAUUUAAUGAGGCCCCAAAUGGAAGUUACAUGAUAUAUAGUUCCCAGCAGUUUCAGAAUGCACUGGAUUCAGAACUGUUCCAAACAGCAAGGAUGUCACCAUCAUCACUGCGGUACUAUGGCAUUGGACUUGAGAAUGGAAAUUACACUGUUGAGCUUCAGUUUGCAGAGUUUGCUUAUCCAGAGUCACCCACCUGGCAAAGCACUGGAAGGAGAGUUUUUGACAUAUACAUCCAGGGUGGUCUGAAAGAAAAGAACUUUGACAUAAGGAAGACGGCUGGUGGAAAAUCUUAUGUUGCAGUGUAUAAGAAAUACAAUGCAACUGUGUCCAAAAACUUCCUUGAGAUCCAUCUGUUCUGGGCAGGCAAGGGCACUUGUUGCAUUCCAACCCAAGGGUACUAUGGACCCAUGAUCUCAGCAUUAAGUGUGACACCAAAUUUUACUCCUACUGUGCGAAAUGGUGUUCCCAAAAAGAAAAGCAAAGCAGGGGCAAUUGCAGGAAUAGUAAUUGGUGCUUCUGUUUUAGGACUAGCCGCCUUAGCUGGAAUCUUUAUGCUGGUACAGAAGCGAAGAAGAAUAGCACAGCAACAAGAAGAGCUUUACAACAUGGUUGGAAGACCAAACGUCUUCAGUAAUGCUGAACUAAAGUUAGCUACAGAUAACUUCAGUUCUCAAAAUAUUCUUGGAGAAGGCGGGUAUGGACCAGUUUAUAAGGGUAAGCUACCUGAUGGGAGGAUAAUAGCUGUGAAGCAACUUUCUCAAACAUCUCAUCAGGGGAAAAGCCAGUUCGUAACAGAAGUGGCCACAAUUUCUGCUGUGCAACACCGCAAUCUUGUGAAGCUAUAUGGUUGUUGCAUUGACAGUAACACCCCCCUGCUGGUCUAUGAGUAUCAUGAGAAUGGAAGCCUUGAUCGAGCACUCUUUGGUGACAGUGGCUUGAGCCUUGACUGGCCAACACGCUGUGAGAUCAUUUUAGGUAUUGCAAGAGGCCUAACCUAUCUUCAUGAGGAGUCCAGCGUGCGCAUCGUGCAUAGGGACAUCAAGGCCAGCAAUGUUUUACUUGACACCGACCUCACACCCAAGAUCUCCGAUUUCGGGCUUGCCAAGCUCUUUGAUGAGAAGAAGACUCAUGUCAGCACUAAAAUUGCAGGCACAUUUGGAUACCUGGCGCCUGAGUAUGCCAUGAGAGGCCAUCUGACUGAAAAGGCCGACGUUUUUGCCUUCGGGGUGGUGGCAUUGGAGACUGUAGCAGGUCGAUCAAACACUGACAGUUCCUUGGAGGAAGACAGGAUCUAUCUCUUUGAGUGGGCCUGGGAGCUGUACGAAAGGGACCAAGCACUCGGCAUCUUGGACGCAAGGAUCCAAGAAUUCGACAGCGAAGAGGCACUGAGAGUCAUCAGUGUCGCCCUCCUCUGCACGCAGGGUUCGCCUCACCAGCGGCCACCGAUGUCGCGGGUCGUGAAAAUGCUCACCGGAGACAUCGAGGUGACCGAGGUGGUGACCAAGCCAAGCUACAUCACUGAGUGGCAGCGCAGGGGUGGGAACACCAGUUACGUUACUAGCGACUACUCUGGCGACACGACCGGCCGGGGAGUUCAGCAUGCAGAGGGAGACUAUCGCGCCUCACACCCCGUCGCCGGCGAUGACUGGAAUCAUCGAGGACGGACGGUGAUUACACAGGCUGCUGCUGGAUUAAUUUGA